AUGACUGACAAGGUCGAGAAUCUACUGCUUCACCUCCCGCUGGAGCUACGCCAACGUAUCUAUGUGACCGUCCUUGGUCCCCCACGCCUGGUCCUUCGCCUCAAUUUCAGUUUUGAGCUGGACGAUUUUCUUAGGGCCAUGAUCUACCGACCCAAGUCGGAAAAGCUGCGAGAAAGUGAAGGCCUUGCGAAAUUCUAUAAUGAGAUUGACGGCGAAUCGGAAGAAGGGUUCUCUGAAAGCGACAAGGAGAAUGCUCAUCGUUUCAGCGACGACGUCAUGUACGAAUGGAGGACGGGUAUCCUUGAAGUGUCGAGGAGCAAAUCGCAUAUCUUUGUGACAAAUAUUCACGGCGAGCUCUGGCUUCCACUCCUGGAAGGGCUGUCGCAGUUCUGUAUCGUGGCACAGCAGCCGUUGGCGGCUCGAAACUAUUACGAUGCUCCCACUCUCGAGGAAGAUUGGUCCGACUGA